ACUCCCUCGAUUUGACGGUCGGAGAAAGAUGAGCGGCACCAACUUUGUUUCUUCCAUGAUUAAAAGGCUGGAAGGAAAAGUAGCGGUGAUCACCGGCGGAGCCAGCGGAAUAGGCGAGGCCACGGCCAAGCUCUUCGUCCAACACGGCGCCAAAGUCGUCAUCGCCGAUGUCCAGGACCAAUUGGGCCAAUCCUUGGCCCGAAACUUGGGCCCACCGGACACCGUCUCCUACAUCCGAUGCGACGUCACCAGCCCUCCCGAUGUCAGAGCCGCGGUGGACGCCGCCGUGUCCAGGUACGGCCAGCUGGACAUCAUGCACAACAACGCCGGCGUCGCCGGUUCCCCGGACCAUCGGAUUGUCGACUGCGACGAUGACAACUUCCGGCGGGUCAUGGACGUCAAUCUGUUCGGGCCAUAUCUCGGGGCCAAGCACGCCGCCAGGGUGAUGGUACCAGCGGGGAGAGGCGGAUGCAUCCUGUUCACGGCGAGCAGCGCCGCCGUGACGAGCGGGAACAUUUCGUACCCUUACAAGGCGUCGAAGAACGCGGUGGUGGGUCUGGCGAACAACCUGUGCGCCGAGCUGGGUCAACACGGGAUCCGGGUCAACACCAUCUCGCCUUUCACGGUGGCGACUCCGCUGCUGAGGAGUGCGCUGGGCGGGCUGGGGGAGGAGGAAGCGGAGCAGUUUGUAGCGGCGGUGGCGCCGCCGAACUUGAAAAGGAUGGUGCUGAGGGCGGAGGAUGUCGCAAAGGCGGCGCUGUAUCUGGCGAGCGAUGAUGCCAAGUACGUGAGUGGGUUGAAUUUGGUGUUGGACGGCGGCCAUAAUCACAACCAUCCGAUCUUUGGUGCUUCCGCCUUCACUUAAUUAGCCGGUGAUGAUGAAAUUGAUGAGUGAUUUAGCGGUUGAUAUAUAAAUAAGGAAAUAAUAUAUGUGGACAAACUCGCUUGUCUAAAUUGAACACUCUAUAUCUGUUUAUUUAUUGGACUUGGGAAUGGAUCAGGUCAGUAAUUUUA